AUAUUUUAAGAGAAAUCACGAAAAUGUUCGUACGAAAGGUUUGUGAAGAUUCAUCGACUUCCAGUCAAAGAUGUUCGAAGUAUGUAUUCAGGAAAAAACUAGAAAGGUUUUCGUGAUUAGCCUGUAUAGCAAUUAACCUUCAUAAAUUUCGCUGGCGACAAAUGAAAUGGUCGACGAUUUGGUUGAAGAUGAAUUGUAGCAGACCCGGAAGCCAUGGUUCUCGGUUCAACCCCAGACGAAAACCCGAACCAAACUGCAACCCUCUCCACAAACUUGCGAGAAUGCGCCGUAUGUAAAUUCUGCUUCGACUCCGAGGACAAAACCCCCAGAAUCUAUUGCCUGCAAAGGGGAAGUCCCGGAAUUCGUUUGCCACGAAUCCAAAAUCUCCAAUUCUCUGUGACUCCGAUGCAAACUACAAAGAGCCCAUCAUCAAAGGAACGCGUUUCUACCAGCUCUUUGAAAACUUUGCUAGCUGCUUACGACAGAGCCCGACCAAUUAAACCCAGCCAUGAAAGCGAAGACAGCUUGAACCUGUCGGGUACCUUUGGGUUUUCAGUGUCGGACCGACGGAAAGGCGGUCAUGUCGUCGACACGUCUGUGGACGAAUCCACGACAUCGUCACCGUCGUCGACAUCAUCGUCCUCGGCAUACAUGAAAUCCACACGUCGUGCCAGCGGCGAUUCCAGGCCUAAGAGAUACGUCACGGUUCCUCUCGAACUUUUGAACGACGAUCAUGCUGUCGAUUUGUUACGGGAUUCGCUGAAAGUGCAUAAAUCUUUGGCGGGGAAAACGAGGACUCGUCAGCGACGAUCCAAGAGACCCGGUCAUCGACACGAGCACAAACUCGUCACUGAGAAGAUCAUUUGUGAUUCCGAACGAGAUGGGUUAGAGCACAUAAUUGUCAAGACAAGGGAAGACAUGGAUGCUGCAGAUAUUUUGCGGCAUGUGGAAUGGAAAAGCUCUUUGUCUUCGCCGAAACUUGAGAAUUGGGCAAAGAUUUCUGGAAAACAGCCGUUAAUUCAAGAGAGAAUGUUGGAGCAUAAGCCAUCUGAUAUAUUGGCACUCAUGACAACUCCAGCAAAUGAAUUCAGCGCACUUGCAAAACGGGAAAUCCGUAACAACGUUGACUUGUUCCCUUCGACCAAGAAAAGGCACAAAUCGAUGAACAUCCAAUCGGAAAAAGGACACAGAAAAGCCAGAACCAAAUCCAGCCCAUCCAAGCAGCAAAUCGACUACCACGACAUCUGGCUGCUCCACGAAAUCAAGAAAAUUUUGAAAGAUUUCCUCAUGAAAUCUUCGAUUACGAGCAAUCAGAAAUACCUCAGUCGUGAUACAUCACCUGCGAUUCCCAUCGCCACAGAAAAUUUCACUAGUCAUGUUUAUGACAGCGAAGGUGCUCCUGUGGCCGAAGAUCCGAAAAUGGCUGCAAUAAUUACAAGGCCCUGCUUCCAGAAAAAGUCUGGAGUUUUCUUUGAAGCAGGUGCACUGGAUGGUGAAAUUCUUUCCACUUCACUUUACCUCGAAAGAACACUGAAUUGGACGGGUUUGUUAGCUGAAAUGAACCCAAUGGCUAUGGAAUUAUUGCUUGCAAAAAAUCGCAAAUCCUGGAUUGCUCCUGUUUGUCUGUCACCUCGACGGAAACCAAUUAAAGUAGAGAUGAAUAUGUUGCAUGACCCAAAAUUACUUCACACAAUGUGGGGAGCGACAAUAAGUGCCAAAAAAUGGGCAAAGAACAUGAAAACCUGGAACCACAAAGGGAAAGUUCCAUUUUCUGCCACAGUUGAUUGUUAUCCUCUCGAAGCUCUGCUUUCAGCAGCAAAUUUUCAAGAAAUCGACUUGUUCUCGCUAGACGUUGAAGGCGUCGAACUUCAAGUGCUCAAAACAAUCAACUGGGACAAUUUCAAAAUCAAGGUCAUUUUGUUGGAUUUGCUACACACGGAAGAAGGCGAAGCUGCUGUUGCUGAAUUUUUGCAGUCGGUCGGAUUCGUUUAUAUCCGAGGGAAAGGCGCUGAAGUUGUUUACGUUUCAGAAGCUCAUUUGCGAACAAUCGAAAACAUUUCAAUUUGUAUCACUCUAGCGCUUUUCGCUAUUGGCGUAAACGCGAGGAAAGACAGCCUUGAUUUGGAAGUUGAAGAUGCUAUGAACAGCUUGAAAUUCGAGGAUGAAAUCCUGAAUUUCAACGAACAACCUGUGCCAAUUUGGACAUGUUUGCAACGCGUCGGACAAAUAGUGAGGAGGUCGAACGAUUACCCCGUUCUGGUCAGGACCGGGGUCGGACUCAGCGCAAUUUCCUCAGCUUCAGGGUGUCCCCAAUGGAUUCACGUACAAACAGAACGUGAAAUGCGAUCAGCAGAACGUCGUCAAGAAUUGAGUCUCGUUGAGCAAGUCGGAGAAGUCCUGACCUCGGGUUUCGCAAUGCCUCGAGGUGACCUGUGCCCGAAGGACACGGCUCAGUGCCAAACUGGUUCAUCAGAAGACAACACUGCGGAAACUUUCACCCCAAAAUGCAAUAAUUCCGUACAUUUUCGCGACUGCCAUCGUCUGCGUCAUAAGGUUUUGGGAACGUCUUAUCCUUCAUCGGAAGUGCCUGAAAACCGAGCCAUGAGUGAAUGGACACUUUGGGUACGGAAUUUAAGCAAGGCAAUCUCAGACAAUGGCGGGAUCCGGGCAUCAGUGUACAAACUUUACCGCCAGAAUGAUUUGAAAGAUGGAAAAUUGGUUGGAGAAGAUCAGUUUGGCAAUAAAUAUUAUGAGAACACCCGGUACUUUUUCGGCAGAAACAGAUGGGUCAUUUACCAUCCAAGUGUUGGAGUGGAUUAUGAUGGGAGUAUGAUCCCUCCAGACUGGUAUGGAUGGUUGCACUACAAAACUGACUUCGCGCCGACUGUCAAGGCUCGCGUAAAAUACCCAUGGAUGAUGAAGUACGAAAAAAAUCUUUCGGGGACUAAACAUCAGUAUACUCCUUAUUCAACCACUGUCCCUAAAAUUGUCGCCUGGAAACCGAAAUCAAAGUCUAAGGAUUGAUUUUGCAGGUUCGAUCAUUCGAAUCUAUUCGGGGAUUUUAUCAUAAGAAUUUAUUCGUGGGGCGAUGAAUUCACUUCGGGAUGACAAGCGACAUCUAUCUUCACGUUGUAGUCAUUCCGUUUCCACCUGCAAAACGUUUAAAGCAGAUACCUCUUUCAACAUCUUCAAGCUAGUUCCCAAGCUGUAUCGCUCAAGAUGAAGAGUAAUGCACUAAAUAAAAAAAAUAUUUCAAGCCGCCAAGGAC